GAAAAAUUUUGCGCCUGACAUUUUGCUGAACGUCGCCCGUCGGUGAGGUAAAAAAUUGGUUUCGUACCAAUUAGACUCGUUUGGAUUAGUUUUUGAUGUUGUAUGAUGUGGGUUCUUGUUUGAGGCUAGUCUAUGUUGUUCGGUUCGUUUGUUAGUAUUGUUUUAAUUAAAUUUAAGUUCUUAUAAGUAAAUUAUAAUCGUGAAAGUUUAGUGUUAUGGUUUUCGAAAGUAUGUGUUAUUUUUUGGUUAUAUCUUUUCUGUGCCGAAUUUGAUAACUCCGUGUGUGUAGCUCUCGUCAGUUAUUUAAAUGCCCGCUGAAUAUAUUUAACGGUCGUUCCGAAUAAUUUGUUAUAAAACUAGUCAGCUGAGAAAUUAACGUCUUAGAUUGUAAAGAUGAGGAUGUUAGUAGUGAGCAGCACAACAAAACAUAUUCUACAUUGCACGUUACUGAUUACGGUGAUCAUAUUAUUCGAACUGUGGACCGGAGGUAUCAAAUUAUCCGAGAAGACUCAGCAAAGCUUCGAGUUCAAUCCUUGGGAAAGAUACGGAUAUUUUUGGUGUUCAGUUUUAUAUCUUCUUAGAAUACUGACGUUCUUGCCAUUUCCGCAAGUGCUGUUCAACUUUUUCGGUCUUACGUGCUACAAUGCGUUUCCCGACAAAGUCGUAUUAAAAGGAUCGCCUUUGCUGGCGCCUUUUAUAUGCAUAAGAGUGGUUACCAGAGGCGAUUAUCCGCAGCUAGUGCGUGAUAACGUAGCCCGAAACAUGGCCAGAUGCUGCGAAGCUGGCUUAGAAAACUUCAUCAUGGAAGUAGUCACAGACAAACCGAUUGGUUUACCAGUUCACAGGCGGAUACGUGAACUCGUCGUUCCUUCAACUUAUAAGACCAAAAGUGGAGCGUUAUUCAAAGCUCGAGCUUUACAGUAUUGUUUAGAAGACGGAGUUAAUAUCUUAGCCGAUCAAGAUUGGGUCGUGCAUUUGGACGAAGAAACCUUACUCACCGAGAACUCCAUUCGUGGUAUUUUGAAUUUUACCUACGAUGGUAAACAUCAGUUCGGACAAGGACUCAUUACCUACGCCAAUGAACAAGUUAUUAAUUGGAUUACCACCUUAGCUGAUAGUUUUCGAGUCGCCGACGAUAUGGGAAAACUAAGAUUACAACUUAGUCUACUACAUAAACCCAUCCUAAGCUGGAAAGGAUCUUACGUCGUGACUCAGGUGGCAGCCGAAAGACAAGUAUCCUUCGACAACGGCCUGAACGGCUCGGUCGCCGAAGACUGCUACUUCGCCAUGCAAGCCUACAAAGCCGGCUAUUCUUUUAAUUUCGUCGAAGGCGAAAUGUGGGAAAAAUCGCCGUUCUCGCUGUGGGAUUUCAUGCAACAGCGUAAACGAUGGCUUCAAGGGGUUCUGCUGGUGGUGCACUCGCCCGAAAUACCCAUCCGGUAUAAACUAUUAUUAGCUAUAUCGUGCUACUCCUGGGUCACGAUGCCACUUUCGUCGUCGAAUCUGUUUCUUUCGGCCUUUUUCCCUAUACCUUGUCCAGGGGUGAUGGAUUUCUUGUGCGCUUUCAUCGGCGCCGUCAACAUCUACAUGUACAUGUUCGGCGUAAUGAAAUCCUUCUCGUUGUAUCGUUUAGGUUUAAUUAAAUUUUCAUUUUGUUUAUUAGGCGCCCUUUGCGUCAUUCCGUUAAACGUACUGAUAGAAAAUGUUGCUGUGAUUUUAGGCUUAUUUGGUAAAAAACAUAAAUUUUAUAUUGUCAAUAAACAACUACAACCGUUAAUUUCGGUAUAACGACCACAACCACCACCACCAUCAUCGUUUUCUCUUCGAUUCAAGUCGAAGAGGGUUUCUUCUUCGAAUCAUGUGUUGUUGUUGGUCUCUGAACUAUUCUACUUCGAUGUAUAAUUACGUAAUUACGUAUUAUGCUGAUCGUGUGUUUUAUUAUUGAUUGUAUCGAUGAAGAAGAAGGAACCUGGUGAUCGACUGAUCCGCUGGCUGGAUCGUGUGCUGCUGCUAGACUGUGUUGUUUCACUUCAGUUUUGUUACGUUACGGUUACGUUCCGUUCCGCGGAUAAAAAUCGACGUCGAGUUCUACCUAUUUUGCUGACAAACAGACGUCGACUGAAGAUCUCACCGUUGUGUGGUGGGCUUUGCUCUGUGUCGUUUGUUUUUUUUUUUUUUAAUAUUUAAGUGUGUUUCUUUUUGUCUUAUAUUUUAUUUCUUCUUUUUUUUUCAAAUUACAUUUUUUUAUUUACGAUAUUCGUACGAAAAAAAAGGCCAUGUUACGUUAGAGUAAUAUGUGCUGUAAAAUGUCACCUUGUAAUUUUUAUUUAUUUUUUAUUUUGUGCAUGUCAGUGUUUAUAUUAUGAGACGGACGUCCGCUGCACGUUCGAUUACUUUACACGAUUUAUUUUUUAUUAAUUCGAGCCGACAAUGCUUUUAUACUUACCUUUUUUUUUGUUUUUUUCUAUCGUCGCGUCGUCAGUGAUUUCAAUCCCUCAGUGAGAGGUAGCUAUCGAAAUUUUUGAACCAUGUAGUACUCAGGAUAAUUUAUUAUAAAAAAAAGCAUGCUUGUAAUAGAUUUUUAUCAAUUUUUUUUUAUAGGACUUUCCAUUUGUUACCAAGUUUAUGUUUUUCUUUCUUUCUUUGCAUAAUUCUCUGUACUUAUUAAGGUAAUCGAUACUUAAUUUUUUUUCUUUUUCAUUUACUCGUUGAAAGCGUUGUAUUUUCCUUCUUUUUGUGUGUUUAUGUGUGUGUAAAUUGCUCGUAUUUAUUUUGUCCACUAUUUUUUGUACGCUUUUAUAUUAUGUUAAUUGCCGAGGCUUAUUGGUCGUUGGAAUUUGUUAUUGGUGCUCUCUGAAAGAUACUCGAUAUACGGUAUCGUCUUUCUAGAGGUUAUUGAACUUGUUCAGUGGUGUUGUGAAGGUUGAUGUUGUGUGAAAAGUGCGUCGAGAAGAGGGGUUUGCGAAAACUUGUGAAAUCGGGCGAAUGUUGAAAAUUUCAAGUCCAAGUCCAAGCAAUGUUUUUAGGGUUUUUGUUCAAAGUUGAGAUAUUUUUUUCAAGAAACGCGCUUUUGCACGUUACGAGAAAAAUUGAUAAAACUGCAAAAAAAUCAUUUUUCCUACCCUUCUCCAUCCAAUAUAGGCUAUUAUCUCUUUCAAAAAUAUUACUAUGUAUGAGAACAAUUGAAGAAAUGUGCGAAUAAAUUGAAAAAAAAUCAGGAAAUUAUGUGGUCGCUUUGCUCGUUGAAUUAGAACCAGUUUCGAGACCUGUUUGAGGAGAAAUUCUCUUCAUAAAUUUUUUUUUUUUUGUGUUUGUAUUGCCUCACAAAAAUUUACAGGGGCCGAAGGGGGGAUUUUGAGCGUAAUUUCAUUCUUUUUCAUUGAAAAAACAAUCAAGAAUUAGGAAGUAAAAACCAAACUUCUUCGAAUAAACGAUGUGGCUUUCAAAAAAAUCGAAAAUUUUUACAUUUAGGUAUUUCUAAUCAAAACUUCGUCUUAUUUAACGUAUGGGAUCCCCAGUGUAAAAAAAGAGGGAUUUUGAGAGCAUUAAGUAGGACUUUCCAGUCUAAAUAAAAUUUGGUAAAUUCGACAGUUUAGAGAUGAAUAAAUAAUUUGACUCGACAGAGAGAAAAAAAUUGCGAAGAUUAGGAGGAACCAGAGACAGAGAGGAACACAGAAUGUAAUCAAAAAUUUAUAAAAUCAACUUUGAACUUGGUGAAAUUUAAUCGAUUCGAGUCGAAGUUAAUUCAGUGGAGAAUACGGUUCGAGAAAAUUGGCAAAAGUUAUAACUUACCUUUGUACUCUUACUCUCCUUCACCUUCCCCAUCCCCACUUUUGUUUUCAUAAGAUGACAACGGUGAAUUUUGAAUGACUGUUUGUUAUACCUAUUAAAAUCUUACUGCGAGUUUCGAAGGACCUUAUCAUUAUUUGCUUUCGCUAAAGUUUGAAACACGAUUCAUUAGUGUAAGCAAAUUCUAAUCGAUCUUUUUCUAGCUUUUUUUUUGAAUUGCCAGCACGAACGUUGCAAAUUCUGAGAGUAAUUUUUUUGGAUUUUGAUAUUCAUUUUUUACCAUUUUCAAUGGGUCGUAUCGUGCAAUGAACGAAUUUCAAAAUUCGUGAACUGGAAAAGAGGACAAUGUUAUUUUUUGUAUUGGACCAGAGAAAAAAAGAUGAUUUUUGAAAAUUUGUUCGUUGAUGAUAAAUUUAUUGAUAAGUUGAAUGAGAACUUUUUUUUUAAAAAUAAAUUUUACCUCCCAUUUUUUUUCAAAUUGAAUGUAAUAUUUUUAAAGAAAAUGUGUUGUAUUGAUUUGAUCGCGAUAGAACCUCUUGUUUUGAAAAAACGAACCCCCCCCCCUCCUCCCAGUUCAAACCAUGAUUUUGGAUGCUCUUUCUUGUAAAAUUUAAAAAAAUGAUUUGAAAUUGAAAAUUAAAAUUUUUUGAUGCUUUGUUUUUUAUAAAAAAUAUUCUCCAAAUUUUUUUCAAAUGGUUUGGGAAGUGUUGAAGUUUUUAUCCAAAUUUGAGCAUUUUUCUAUUGAUACGACCUUAAAUUUUUUAUGAUUAUAUAUUUUUUGUUUCUAAUGUUUUGAAACUUCUCGCAUUUCUUAAAAUUUGGGUGUUUAUAAUAUUAAAAAAUUGAGAUGCAAAAUUAUUUUGAAAAAAUGUGAGUAAAUUGCCUCCUCCUUUUUUACCUCUUAUUCUAGCUUCAAAGAGACUAUAAAAAUUGAAAAUGUCAAGUGCAAAAUACUCGAAAAUCUAAUAACAGUAGAAAUAUUGAUUCAAAUGCUGCAAAUUUAAAUUUCAAAAAAAAAAAAUGUCUAAAAUUUAAUCUUCUGCUUUUUUUCUAUCGAAUUAAUUCAACAGCCUUCGGGUUGCUUUUAAGAAAAUAAUUCGAGUAAUUAAAUGAUGGAAAAUUAGAUAAAAGUUUGAUUUUUUUAAAACAACGACUUUUGUUGGUAACUAAAUUGAGUUCUUGUUGGCAUGAAAAUUUACAUAAAGGGCAUUAUAAUAUAAAGAAGAAGUGGAAGCAACAGAAUAAAUUAAACCAAUUUUCUUUUUUUCUCUUGAAUAAUUUUUUUUUUUUUUUAAAUAUAAAAGUGUCCCUUUGGCUGAAUUUUUUUCAGUACAUACCGAUCACUUUCAAGUAUUCAUUCGAGUUCAAUUUCCUCGAUUACAAACAAUCCUUCGCAGGUACUCGUACCUACGUUGAUAAGUUUAUCGAAGCUUUUGAAAAAGAAACCACGCGCGAUAAAAAAGCUUUCGACUCGUAGUAAUUUUAUUUAUCGAAUCGAACUUGUCAGCUGUUUUAAAAAAAUGGACCUAAGUACCUAUUUAACGAUCAGGCAUAAAGUGGUCAAGAGAUUCUCACUUUUGUUAUUUAAUGUUUACCUAUACUCUUCCUAAUUGAUAAAGUAACUCAAAAUUGCCAUCAUUGUACAUGAUAAAAGACGAAAACCCCUAUGUAAAUAUUUUUCAACUAUUUUUACUCAUUUUUCAAACAAUAAAAGUGUAAAAAUUCGCUCUACACGAAAGUGAGACGAACAUAAGAAGACGUGUAAAUUGACGUGUUGCCUUCUUGAAAGAACAGCUUUGAUAGGGUAGUUUGGACAAUACAUGCCAUUUUUAUUAUCCCCCAUACGACUCAAUUAAGUACACUAAACUCGAAUUUACAACUUUCUUUUCUCUUCUUCAUUGUUUCAAUUUUUUUUUUUUUUUUUUUGAGUGAUGUUCUCAGAAAUUUUUCACCUGUAUAUUCUCUAAUUCUUCCAUUUGUAGGUGUGGUAAAAUUUACGCGACGAAGUAGACUUAUUUUGUCGAUUUUUGGAAUAAAAAUGAAACAAAAUUAUCUAAUUUGCUCGUCAUUACAGAGCUUAUAAUUUUUAUACGACGACGGUUGUAAUAAAAUACGACCGAGUGGACGAAGCGAAAAAAAUUCACCACGUCGUAUACAUAUAAUGAAUACCUCAUUUAUAUUUAUAUACCUACGCUAGACGUAUUAUAUCUCGACUCGAAAACGCUUAAAAACUCCUCGUAUAAAUUAAGUAGAUAUAUAAAUUUUCAACACCUUGAAUUUAUUAUCUCUACACGAGUAAACUCUUUAUUUAUUUUAUCGGUCGCGUAAUUCGCCGAGCGAUGAUUAAAUUUCGUACGAUAAUUAAAACCUUACUUAGUCUAUGGCAAAACGCAAUCGAACUCGAAAAUUUUUAUUAAAUUUCCAUAACGAACAAAUUUUAGACUUAAUAGAUACCUUUUUUUUUUUUUUUUUCGUUUCUAUUAUUAAUCACGUGUAUUUGUAAAUUCGAUCGAGUGCAUUAUUUUAAUAAUACUGGUUCCUAAAACAGAAACAAUUUUUUCGAAUUCAACUUAAUUAUUUUAUUAAUCGUUGUUACUAUUUUUGUUGACUGUGUGUUUAUUGUUGAAAGUUCUUUUUUUUCUUUUUAUUAAUUUUUAAGGUGUACUCUUUUCUUACUCGUAGGACACGAAUGGGCUUUAAAUAUUAUAGAUUAAUUUUGUAUACUGUUUUGUUACAAGAUGAAAUCUACCCUGUAUGUCUCCGGUAUUCGGGCCCCCUCCCCCCUCCUCGACCCUUGUCUCUGAAAACCGGAGAUAUUCGACCAUUUAUGAUGUACGUGUAUAACGACGAAGCGUGCAAAAAACACAUAUUUUUUUUAUUGUAUAGAAUAUUUUUUUCUUUUGUAGUCUCGAGCGAUAUUUUAUAUUAUUUAUUUCUUACAUUUAUAACGCACUUAGAUUUUAUACGGUAUCAUUAUAUACUCUGUAAUCAUAUUAGAAAUGUUAGGGCAGCACUUUGCAUUUCCUCUGUUUCCCUAUUGACCCCAUGAGCCCCCGUAUUUGUCAAUCGUGUUAAGUUGUAAGUUAAUUUAGAUCUCAAAAUAGCUGACUUUUCGGGGGGGUAAUGUAUCAUUGCGAUCAGUUGACCGGAGUUUGGUGCUAUAUUCGAACAUGAGACCGGAUUUAUUUGAUCGUAUUAGGCAAAAGAUACUCGUAUUUGAUGAGAAACUGGUGUUUUUAUGAUGAUGGAUAUUUAAAAAAAAAAACUCCUUGUAUAUAUAAAAUCGCAAUUUAUUGGUUAUGUUUCUCUUGAAAAAUUUUGUUACUUAAUUUUUAAAGUUUAUUUUUUAUACGUGUUGGAAAUUUCAAUGUGUUUUUUAAAUUCGAAAAAAAUAAAAUGUGGAUUUUUUUGGCCCAAAAACAGGAAACUUGGUACUUAUGUUUUUUUUAUAUAGGCAAAUGAUGGAUUACUUUUUUUUUUUACAAUAAGACUCUUAUUAGUAAUUUAUUGGUGUGCUAGUCCGUCCAAGGAUAUAUUUAUUACUUAUUAUUAUUAUUAUUAUUUUUUUAGAAAGUAUUAUUUACAUAUUUUUUUUAAAUUUUAAAUUUGAAUCUUUUUUUUUUAAAUGUCAAAAUUGAAAAAUUUUAUUUUUAUAAAUUGAUUCGGUUAAAUCAACAAUUGAUGAAAAUCUUCAAAACCUGUAAUCAUGUUGAAAUUUCCAUAUUUUAACGAUUAAUAAAUAAUGCCUACUACGAACCUAGGAACCUACAUGCAGACGAAUUUUGUAUUCCAUGUAAAUAAUAUUCGCAUUAGUGUUAUUGAACCCUUUUAAUAUUAUCACGCAACUCUUUAUUUACUAUUAGGACUUUUUGACUUUUUUUUUUGUUUGAUUUUUUUACCUACUCGUAUUACGUAGUUUUGCUCUCGUUAUGUGUUCGGAUUAUCUGGUACAUUUUAAUUUUUUUUACUCGAGUUUCGAUCCGAAACAGGAUUAAAGUACAAAAUUUAACGAUGUCGUUUACUUGAUGAUCCGAUAUGGCGAGGUAUUACCUGCAUAAUAUAAAAAAUACUUAAUAAUCGUGAUGUUUAAUUUUGGCAUCUGUAGAAUUAUGCCGGAAAAAAUAAUAGUGCUUCGAACUUUCCCCUUUUGUGUAAUUUUACCUCACUAUUGAUUGAUAUUAUGCUACUUAUAGAUAUUGAAAUUUCGAACAAGAACCCGUAUGAACGUAUCUAUCUACCUAUACUUAAUGAACUGAUGUUUAUGAAAGCAUUUUAGAAAUUUUAUCUAUGUAUUACAUUGGACCAAAUAUCGUAAACGAUGAAUAUUUUUGUGUAUUUUUUUGUUUAAGUUGUUUUUUUUUUUUACAUCGCUCAUUUCGUGUAAGUAACGCCUUUUAAACAUAAUAUGCCUCUUUAUUUUUAUUGUAUCGCAUUGUAUUAAAAAAUUUUUGUUACUUAAAUCAUGUGUCUAGAAUAGAUGGAUUUUUUUGAAUGUAUGCCAUUAUAUAUGUGUGAAUGCUGUGAUGUGAGUUUUCACUAUUUUAUUACACUUAAAUAUAAUAAUCUUUCUUUCUUGUGAA